ACCUUCGCCUCAAUCACCACUUGCUAAAUUCUUCGCAAAAUUGUAAGCAUCAUGAUCGCCCUUCUUUUCGCCACGUUGGCCCUCGCCGCCGUUAACGCCGUCCCGCAACAUCGUCCAGCCGCCCUUGGUGCAGGGCCAGGCAUUUUGGGGGCUAACACUGCCGUCUGGAGCCCGUUCGUCUGUCGGGAUGGCGUCAUGGGGCCGAACGACGAUAGAAUGAAGGGCAUCGGAGCUUGUGCCAAAUCCGUGGCGAAUCAAGACUGCGUCUAUUUCUGCCAAGCGGAGGUUUUAGGAUUGUUGGACACUGCUGGACUUCCACGAACUGAAAUUUAUGACAAGUGGGUAGAAGUCGUCUUUCCAGAGAGGCAUCAUGCCGUUGGAAAAGCCUGGUUUAGAGAUUGCUACCAGAAAUAUGGAAAAUUCAUCGACAAAUCUGACCAAUCUUGCAAACACGCCAAACUUUUUGGUGACUGCACCUGGUCAAUCCAGCCACAAUUGACUUGCCCAAAGGCUUAAGACAAUCUCGGGGAUAAAUUUGCAUAUGUACCCCACCGGUUUAACCAGACCAGUUUAAUUAUCCUCAAAAUUUAUCUUCAUUUCAAAAUAGAUAAAUAAGAUUACAAAAUUUUGAACCCUGCUCAA